AGCUAUAUACGAGCUUACUUUUAAAUUAAACUCUUUUCGAAGAAAUAAUAUUCAUAACUUGAUUACAAAUCAUGCACUCAAAUCAAUAAUUACAAUACAUACAAUGGCUUUCAACAUCACUGAUUUCAGAGCCCUCUUCCCGUCAAUAUUCUCCUACUUGUGGGGGAGGUUUGAUCAGCUGUUUAUAUUGUGGGCACAUCAAGUUUCUUGUGUUGUAAUAUAAAAUUCACUCCGUUUUGAAAAAAAAAAAUAUAAAUAAACAUGAAACAUGCACAAUUUAUUGCACGUACCGUGUUGGUACAAAAGAACAAUGUGGAAGAAGCCUGUCGUAUGUUAAAUCGUAUUUUGGGAAAGGAGGAAAUAUUCGAUCAAUACCGGCGGACACGCUUUUAUGAAAAACCAUUCCAGGUUCGUCGCCGUGUUAACUUCGAGAAAUGUAAAGCAAUCUAUAAUGAGGAUAUGAAUCGAAAGAUACAAUUUGUGCUACGUAAAAAUCGCACAGAACCAUUCCCUGGCUGCAGUUGAUUUACUUUAAACAAAUCAAUAGUGUAAAGAAAAAUAAAAUUUAUGCGCUGUAAAAAAAAAAAAA